GAGAGGGAAUUAGGGUCAAUACAGAAGCGCGAUAGCGAUGGUGAAAGAGACGAACGGGGAGCAAGUCUUGGCCGGAGAAGCGUCGAGCAGCCGUCGAAAGAGGCAACGACUUGUUGAAGAAGAAAGUGAGGAUGAUGGAGAAGGAACGGAGAGUGGAGAUCGGGAUAUAGCCGGUGAUGGGGUGAUAACAGAGGCACGAAAGGGACUGCUCGAUCUGGAUAUUCUCGACUGUCCCGUUUGCUUUCACGCCCUGACGAUUCCUAUCUUUCAGUGUGACAAUGGACAUAUAGCUUGCUCUUCUUGCUGUACUAAACUGAGGAACCAAUGCCCUUCCUGCACUCUGCCCAUUGGUAACAUUCGAAACCGAGGAAUGGAGAGAGUUCUAGAAGCAGUCACACUCCCAUGUCCAAACGGUAAACAUGGCUGCACCAAGAAGUUCUCUUAUGGCAAAGAAUUAGCCCAUGAGAAGGAAUGCAGUUUCGCUCUAUGCUACUGCCCUGCACCACAGUGCAGCUACACAGGCAAGUACAAGGAUCUCUACCGUCACUACGAUGCUAACCACGGUAAGGAACAUUUCAGGUGUGGCCAUACCAGUGACGCAUGGGUUCACUCCAAUGAAAUGAUAACAGUCCUUCAAGAAUACAGAGAUGGUCCAUUGGUUGUGGUUCAGUGUUUCGAGAAGAUACAAGGAUUCGAGGAGUCACAAGGAGUGUAUGUGACUGUGAACUGUAUAGCACCACCAUCUGCUCCAGGAGUUGGGGAGUUCUCUUAUAAGCUCACCUCGUCCAAUCAUGGUGAUGGAAAGUCGGAUGAGAUGAGGAAGAUGAAGAGGAUUCAGAAAGUGAGCUUCCAACCUCCUGAGAAGGACUUUAUGCUUAUUCCUCGCUAUUUCUUGCUUCAACAUCCCUAUGCCUUGAAGAUGAACAUUUGCAUCCGCCGGCUAGAAGAAGAAGAAGAAGUAGAGAAAAAGGAUAAUGAAGCUGAAGAAGAACAUGAUGAGAAUGAAACUUGUGACAAAGUUCGCAGGUCAACUCGCGAGAGGAAGGCUAAUUCCAAGUAUCAAGACAAAGUCAAGUAACCAAAAUUCUUUUCUCCUUUUCACCAUCUGUAAUUUCCAGUAAUGUUGUUGUUAGUUGUUUGGUGUUUCCAACUUUGUAGGAACUCAUGUUCCAUCGCUUCUAUGUAAGAAAUGAAAAAACAAAAAGAAAAAUAGUUCCCUCUAAACUAACAUUAAGAAAGUU